AUGUCCGACCUCGAUGCAGACUUGUACGGAGACCUCUACGGGAACGAUGAAAGUGAAUUCACUGUACCGAUGGAACAGCCUGAGGAGAAUGGCAAAAGCGAUACUGCGGAGUCACCCCGAAAGGAGGCCCCGGCACCCGCGAAGGCAGAAGCCCCCCCAACUAAAGUCGCACAGACCACGACCUCCACAGAGAGUAGCUCGCAACCGUCGCAUGCCAGUAUCACUCCUACUGCUAUUCCACCAUACACGUCACCACCUACACAACAAAUCCCGACGUAUCAAGACCGGCUAACUCCAGAAUACAGGGAGCCACCACCUGCCCGACAGGAUGUCGGUUAUCAGCCUCCAAUCGACCGUCCUGUACGACCGUCGGAGAUGAAAGAGGAAGGCAAGAUGUUCAUUGGCGGUCUGAAUUGGGAUACCACAGAUGAGGGUCUCCGAGAAUACUUCUCGCAAUUCGGAAAGGUUGAAGCAUGUACCAUCAUGAGAGAUGCGGCUGGUCGUUCGCGUUGCUUCGCUUUCCUGACAUUUGAAGAUCCCGCAUCGGUCAACGCAGUGAUGGUGCGCGAGCACUUCCUCGACGGCAAGAUUAUUGAUCCCAAGCGCGCAAUUCCUCGACAGGAACAUCAACGUGCUACGAAACUCUUUAUCGGAGGCCUUGCUGGUAGUGUAACCUCGGAAUCGAUGCGCGAAUUCUUCUCGCAGUUCGGUAAGGUGGUCGAUGCCACCGUCAUGUUGGACCGGGAGACCGGGCGCAGCAAAGGCUUCGGGUUCGUAUCGUUCGAGAACGUAAACGUGGAGUCAUUUCUCGGUUUCGGUAAUCUCGAGAUUGACGGUAAGCUGAUUGAUGUGAAACUUGCUCAACCUCGCUCUCAGCGAGAGAGCUACGCCGAGGGCGGUCCUGUCGGUAAUGCAGGCAGAGGCUAUAACGGUGGUGGGUACAGCACUCAAGAAGGGUACGGAGGUGCAUCUGGCCCAACAGGGGCUGGCGCAACCAACACGCACUUCGACCCUCAAGCUCUGGCCUCUCUGUAUACCAGGAUGAUACAACAGAUGGGCGGGAUGAAUCCCAUGAUGGCUGGCGGGAUGAACCCCAUGAUGGCCGGCAUGGCGGGUGGUAUGGGCGGAGGCAUGAGGAUGCCCGGUAUGGGUGGCUCGCCCAUGGCCGGCAUGGGCAUGGGAGGCGGCAUGAACGGAGGGGGCAUGGGUCGUGGAGGGGCCGGUGCGGGUGGACCUAGUGGUGGGGUGAUGCAGGGAGGCAUGGGCCCGAAUGUCCCUCGCGGUCCCAGAGGCGCGUCCGCAGGGGCGGGCGCUGGUCAAUCUGGCGUCGGCCCUCAACGCGCAGGGCAGAGAGGCCAGCACAAUUACCAUCCUUAUGCCCGGUGA